CAGGAGGCGGGGCUUGUCGAGUGUCCCUCUCCUGCGCUGUUAGCCGAGCUGCUGGGCUAAAAACAGAGGAGCGCUCCUGGUUUCCAGCUGGACCGAGUCGGUGCUGCUCGCCCAUUCGCACGGAUUUAGACCCGAGUCGGAAACGUCCGGCCCGUUCGCGCUCCGCAGAGCUCGUGUUCGGUUCUGACCUCUUCAUUUCUGACCGGAGAGCCGCAGCUUCCGAUAGUCAGCCAGAUGCUGAGCUGCUCUGAAGAGGUGAGUUGGCAGAAAACAGCGGCGUUUCCUCGCAGAGCCAAAGAAAUCCGAGCUGCUGCUUCGCUUUAGAGGAGAAAAGGGCUCAGCUGGUGAAUAAAGACCGUAACCAGGCGGAACAUCACGACCACCUCCUCGUUUCUGCGCUCACUGUCCACUUUAUCAGCUCCACUUACUGUAUAGCUGCACUCUGUAGUUCUACAGUUACAGACUGUAGUCCAUCUGUUUCUCUGAUACUCUGUUACCCUGUUCUUCAGUGGUCAGGACCCCCAUGGACCCUCACAGAGCAGGAUGCGCCGACCGAGGCUUGUACUAUUUCAGGUGGUGGAGGAACACCAAGCUCUUCAGUGCUCAUCAGCCUUGAGGACCAACACAGUGGAGGACUUCGGACAAAGCCCACGUCAGGAGGCUUCUUGAAGGAAGAAACCGUGCAGAUGGAGAGCUACGUCCAAGGAAUCAACCUCCACAAUGGAAUGACCAUGAGCUACAUUAAAGAAGAGGAACAUGCAGAUGAAGACUAUCUCUACUGUGAGGAGUGCAGGUCUUUCUUCAUAGACGAAUGUGAGGUUCAUGGUCCAGCGGUCUUCAUCCCCGACACCCCUGUUCCUGUGGGGGUCGCUGACAGAGCCAGACAGACCCUUCCCUCUGGUCUGGAGGUUCGGAAGUCUGGUAUUCCUGGUGCAGGUCUGGGAGUGUUUAACCGGGGGCAGACUAUCCCCGUAGGCGUACACUUUGGGCCCUACCAAGGAGACCUGACGGACAGAGAGGAAGCCAUGAACAGCAGAUACUCCUGGGUGAUGUACAACAGCAGACAGGAUGAGGAAUAUAUAGAUGCCAAAAGAGAGACGCAUGCUAACUGGAUGAGGUAUGUGAAUUGUGCUCGUAAUGAUGAAGAGCAGAAUCUGGUGGCGUUCCAGCAUAAAGGGGGGAUUCUGUAUCGCAGCUGUCGGUCCAUUAAACCGGGGCAGGAGCUCCUGGUGUGGUACGCAGAGGAGUACGCCAGAAAUCACGACAUCACGUUUGACUACCUCUGGAAUAAAAAGUGUUCCAUGAAAGAAAUGAACAGCGUACUCUUGCAAGUGUUCUCCUGCUCAAUGUGUCCACUUUCCUACACCGCUCAAAUCUACCUCCACAAGCACAUCAAGAGAUGCCACCAAGACGAGUACGUCAAACUGCUGAAAUCUGGAGAGAUUAAAUACGAGAACCUGGCACCGCGGAGAAGGUCCAUCACCCGGGAGAUGUCAUCAUCUUCUCCACUUCACACGAACGCCGCUCGCAGAAAAGAGAAAAGCGCAGACAAGGAGAAAUCCUUCUACUGCUCACAGUGUGGGAAGAGUUUUCCCCACCAGAGCAACCUCCAAAAACACCUGCGCAUUCACGCUGGAGAGAAGCCGUACGACUGCGCGGAGUGUGGGAAGAGUUUUAUCGGCAGAGGCAGCCUCAGACUGCACCAGCGCACCCACACGGGAGAGAAGCCGUACGUCUGUACGGAGUGCGGAAAGAGUUUUGCUCAAGUGAGCAACCUCCAGAGACACCGGCGCAUCCACACGGGAGAGAAGCCGUACGACUGCUCGGACUGCGGGAUGAGAUUCACUCAACCCAGCAGCCUCAAAUCGCAUCGGCGCGUCCACGUAGGAGAGAAGCCGUAUCAGUGCUCGGAGUGCGGGAAGAGCUUCAAUCGACAGAGCCACCUCAAACUGCACCAGCUCAUCCACACGGGACAGAAACCGUACUACUGCUCCGAGUGCGGGAAGAGGUUCAACCAGCAGAGUAACCUUCAGCGCCACCAGCGCAUUCACACGGGAGAGAAGCCGCAUCACUGUUCGGACUGCGGGAAGAGUUUUACGACGCAGACUCACCUCCAGCAACACCAGCGCAUUCAUACGGGAGAGAAGCCGUAUCACUGCUCGGAGUGCGGGAAGAGCUUUACUCUCCUGAGCAUCCUCCAGCUGCACAAGCGCAUCCACACGGGGGAGAAGCCGUACGUCUGCUCGGAGUGCGGGAAGAGCUUUACCAUACAGACGAGCCUCCAGAGGCACCAGCACGUCCACACAGGAGAGAAGCCGUACUACUGCUCCGAGUGCGGGAAGAGUUUCACUCAGCAGAGCAGCCUUCAGAAACACCAGCGCAUUCACACAGGAGAGAAACCGUAUUACUGCUCCAAGUGUGGGCAGAGCUUCCGGCACGCAAACUCUCUAAAGACACACAAAUGCAGUAACGGGGGUGAAAACUUGUGACAUGAAAUCAGCAAAAAGAUUCAUCACUUAACCUCACAUGAGCAAAGGCAUGUAUCUGCUGGUGUGCUUCUUCAUGAGAUGCUAGUCUAACAUUGCUGGACUUGGAGAGUCAAGUUUUCUGUCAUAUUCAUCUCUGUAAAUACAGGGUGAUUCAAAAAGAUUCAUCCGAUUUCAAAAUGAUUGCGUCAAGACAACUUGCUGAAGUGCAGACCGAGCAUCAGAACGGGGA